AUGGUAACGGCGUCGUCGCCGCCGUUAAAGCCGCUCUCGCUCCAAGACUGGGAGUCAUUAAUUGACGACUUCCAGCACGGCGGCGCACGGCAACACAAAUGGACCUCCGCGCACCCAAUCCGCCUCUCCCUCCUCGACCAAGCCCUCUCCUCUCUCGCCAGGCGCGACUUUCCCCUCAAGCUCCACGUCAUCACCUUCCUCGAAGAGUUCUGCGACCCGCUCUUCACCACCGCCAGCUCCGGAACCGACAUCGUUUCGUUGCGCAAAGUCCUCCACCGUCUGAUCGAAACCCUACGCGCCCUGAUCCAGACCCCGCCCGAUGGGGUCCACAUCACCUUCGCGCUCAAGGAGCAAAUGAUGCUCUCCGUCACCUCCAUCGUCGUCUCCCUCGACGACGAUGACGGCGGCGUCCCAAUCGCCAUCGUCGAGGGCUUGGUGGAGCUACUGUUAACGGUGAUCAACCGUCCCAAUCACGGCAUCGACCGUCAGGCGCGUGCGCUCGCGUGUGAGUGCCUGCGCGAGUUGGAGAAAUCUCGCCCCUGCUUGCUUUCCGAAAUCGGCGGACAUCUAUGGAGUCUCUCCCAGAACGAGAGAACUCACGCUGCGCAGAGCUACAUUCUCUUGUUCACCACCGUCGUUCACAACAUCAUCGUUAGAAAUCUCGGCGUUUCGAUUCUCAAUACGACGGUGCCUCUCGUGCCGUUUAGUGCUCCGCAGAAUGGGACGGGUCCGGGCGGGUUGAAUCACAAGGAGCUGAGGAGAGCGAUGGCGUUUUUGCUAGAGUGGCCGCACGUGUUGACGCCGUGUGCGAUGGUUGAGUUCUUGGCUUUGAUAAUGCCAAUCGCGGCGGCAUUGGAUCUCCAAGCCUCCAUGCUUAAGGUGCAAUUUUUUGGGAUGGUUUAUUCGUCCGAUCCUAUGCUCGCCCACGUCGUUUUGACCAUGUACCCGAGGUUCUGGGACGCGUUUGAUGGGCAAGAAGGUGACAUUGUGAGCAGGCUUGUGUUACUAUCCAGAGAAUCGCAGCACCACUUGGUUUUUCGAUUGCUGGCAGUGCAUUGGUUGUUGGGUUUUGGUCAGUUGGUGUUGAAAAGGGAGGCUAAGAAAGUGAAUACCAUUGUUGAUAUGGGUUCGAGAUUCUAUCCGAGUGUGUUCGACCCGCUUGCUUUGAAAGCGAUGAAGCUUGACCUUCUUGCCUUUUGCUCGGUUUGUGCUGAUGUCUUGAAAUCGGAAACUGUUUCGGUUGAGAAUGGUGGGGUGGAGGAUAAGUUGGUGGUGAAGCUGUUCGAAGAUGGACUUGUUUGUGUAUCAGCAUUCAAAUGGUUACCUCCGGGGAGCACUGAGACUGCAGUGGCAUUUCGAACUUUGCAUAGGUUCUUGAUUGGGGCAUCAUCUCAUUCAGACAAUGAUCCUUCCACCACUAGAAGUCUGAUGGACUCCACCACUUUCAGUACCAUACAGGGGAUGCUGGUGGACCUGAUGUUGGAGUGUCGGAGAUUGGUUCCAGUGGUAGUUGCUUUGACUGAUCGCUUGUUGGGUUGUCAAAAGCACCGUUGGUUGGGAGAGCGCCUGCUUCAGACAUUUGAUCAGCAUUUGCUUCCAAAAGUGAAAUUGGAUUACAACUUGGUUUCCUUCUUUCCAAUAUUUGAUAGAAUUGCCGAAAGUGAUACAAUUCCUCCUCGAGGAUUGCUAGAGCUUCUUAUUAAGUUCAUGGCCUUCCUUGUUGGUAAACAUGGCCCAUACACAGGACUGAGAUCAUGGUCUCAGGGAAGCAGAGUUCUUGGCAUCUGUCGAACCUUGCUGAUGCAUCACAAUAGCUCUCGAUUGUUCCUUAGACUAUCUCGCCUUUUGGCAUUUACUUGCCUUUACUUUCCUGAUUUGGAGGUUCGUGACAAUGCAAGGAUCUACCUUCGAAUUUUGAUCUGCGUGCCGGGAAAGAAGCUCAGGGACAUGCUGAAUCUUGGGGAACAACUCGGUAUUUCACCAUCUUCACAUUCCAGUUUCAAUGUCCAGGCUCCUCGCUUUUCUCAGAGUCUCAAGAAAUCUAGGAAUAUCUCCUCAUAUGUCCAUUUUGAGCGAGUAAUCCCCCUACUAGUCAAACAGUCUUGGUCCUUGUCUUUAUCAUCUUUGGGUGUUGGAAGUACUGAACCUGGUUACCUUGAAGGCAUCAGGGACAUUGAACCCAUAAUAGAGGAUAGUGAGAUUGGUGACAGUAGUAAUGCUGAGGACAGUAGUAAUGUCCAAAUUAUUGAAGAAGCUCCUAUAAUUGAUCGACCACAGGAGCCAUUGCGUGUGACGGAUUCAAAGAUUUCAGAGAUAUUAGGAACAUUGAGGAGGCAUUUUUCAUGCAUUCCUGAUUUUAGACAUAUGCCAGGACUUAAGGUUAGACUAUCUUGUAGUUUGAGGUUUGAAUCUGAACCUUUCAGUCGAAUAUGGGGAGUUGAUUCCCCUGCUGGUGUUUCAGAUGAAUUAGAUGCCCUUCCUGCUUUAUAUGCAACCGUGCUAAAGUUUUCAUCCUCUGCACCAUAUGGGCCUAUUGCAUCCUAUCAUAUACCUUUUCUUCUUGGUGAGCCUCCCAGAAAAACUAAUGUAUCUGGUCAGACAGCCUCAUUAGCUAUUGUUCCUGUAGAAAAUGGAUCUGGAGAAGAGGAAAGCUUUAGAGCUCCAGUAGCAAUUGAAUUGGAACCACGAGAACCAACACCUGGUCUAAUUGAUGUUUCCAUUGAAACAAAUGCAGAAAAUGGUCAGAUAAUCAGUGGUCAGCUUCACAGUAUCACCGUAGGCAUAGAGGAUAUGUUUCUCAAGUCUAUUGUACCGCCUGACAUCCAGGAAGAUGCCACACCUGUUUAUUACUUAGACUUGUUCACUGCUCUUUGGGAGGCAUGUGGUACUGCCAACACUGCACGGGAGACCUUUCAAUUGAAAGGAGGCAAAGGGGUUACAGCAAUCAGUGGUACGCGAUCAGUCAAGCUACUUGAAGUCCCUGCAUCAUCUUUGAUUCAGGCUACUGAGCGCUACUUGGCACCCUUUGUGGUGAGUGUGAUUGGUGAACCACUCGUUAAUAUUGUAAAGGAUGCAGGAAUCAUUAGGAACGUCAUCUGGAAGGAUGCAGCCUCAGAUUCUUCCCUUGAUAUUACUAGCUCAGGGACUGAUUUUGAUAGAGGCCCUCCUCAUCUUACGUACACCGACGAUGAAGAUGAAAGGGACAGUCCUGUCAAUAUCCGUAAAAGAAACAUGGGUUGCUUUCUUAUUUUGAUAUUUCUUCCACCAAGGUUCCAUCUCCUCUUCCAAAUGGAAGUGUCCGAUGUUUCAACGUUAGUCCGAAUUCGAACUGACCACUGGCCGUGCUUAGCUUAUACUGAUGAUUAUUUGGAAGCUUUAUUUUUGGCAUAGGAAUUUAUUCAUUUUUACCUUGCAAGUACUUUACAUCAGGAUUAUCAUCGGUGCUGCUAUGAAGGUCAUCAGCAUUUUGUUCUAUAAUUUUUCUCCCCAUAUUUGUUCGUACAGAGAAGGGUAAUUUUUUUGCACCCAGAAUAAACUCUACUGUAAAUAUCUCUCGAGUUCUUUUACCUUGUAUUCUUUUGUUGUAUCAGGGAUUAAGAAAUGCAUUUUUGGGGCGUUUUACAUUCUCUGUAGGUUGGAUUUGUAACCACAAGAUUGUAAUAAUUUGUAAGCUGAUUCAUCCUUUGCAAUCAA